UAAUAAACAAUUUUCUGAAAAAUGCAUUUUGUUUAACUGUUAACUAUGCUUUAUUAUGGAGACCAGUGAUGAGGACAGUGAUGCUGAACACAGAACAACACACAAUCAUUUUUGUGGACUGACAUUUAACCCAAAAAUGGAAGGAUUUCCAUCAACUGUUAAUAUUCUGAAACCACAGAUUGAUAAAAUCUUUUCAGAAGUUCAGAAAAAUUUACCAACUAUCGACUUUGAUUCUUCAGAUGUUUCCUCCGACAAUGACGAGCCAAUAUUCUUUCACCAAAAUCUGAAACUCAGUGAAUUAAAUUCCACGUUUGAUGAUGAUAAGGACUUGGACACAUCUUUAAGUCAAGGAGAUGGCCCGCAGUUGACCUGUGUAAACAGAGGAGACACAAUUUUUUCAAAGAACGAUUCGUUUCUUUCAUGCGAGGAUAGAAAUAUAUCUGUAGAUAAAAAUUCAGAAUCUGUGACAGAAAACAGAUUUGAUAAUGUUCCAUAUGAGAUGUAUGACAAUGAUUUGGCAGCCAUAAUGGCUCAGACCUCAUACCCUACUGAUGAAGAGAUUGCAAAUUGGCGUUGCUUGGCAAGGCAGAUGGAGGAUAGUGAGUUGGAGUUGGAAAUCAGGGAGGAAAUAGAUUUUCAAAGGUCUCGGAAUCUUGGACACUUUUCUUCUCAUUCAGUCAUGUCGCCUUCUAUGAAGGCAAAUAAAUUACAGUCCAAUAUUUUAGAGUCUAGGGGAGAUGACUGCAGGGAGGAAUUAGUGGAUGAAUCUCAUAAUGACUCUAGUGAGUCACAGGAAGCAGAUAUAAAAGGAACUAGCAGUUUUUUGUUGAAGUCAGUGACAAAGUUGAAAAAAAAACUGGAGGAAGGAAUUAAAAAGUUAGACAUGAAUGACAAACGAAAGAAUUUUCAAGAAACAGCUCGGUCAAAAGAUGAGGAAAUUGUGUCAAAGUUUUCUCCCCAAGAACCAACACUGCUCUCCCUUAGUGUGUUUGAAGAUAUUGACAUUGAUUCUGUUCUUAACUCAGCCAAUGAAGAAAACAUUUCUUUAACAAAUUUGCGAGCAGCUGCUCAGCCACCUGUGUCUCAGACAACGAGGAGUCUUGAGGGCUCAGGGGAUGGAAAAGGGAAGAAAGCGUUGUCUGAAGAGUUGACCAUGAUCCAGAAACUGGCCCAACUCUCAGCCCAGCAGGGUGGGACAGAUGCCGCUGCAGUGGACCCCCAGACUGGCGCCAUCAUUAAGGCCAGUGCUGACCCUGUAGAAGAUAACCAAGGGAAAGGCAACUCUCCUGUAGAAAAUGCUGCUCUUCAAAUUGAAGAUCAAAUAAUUGCUGGGAAAAGCUUAGAAACUGGGUCACAGACAUCAGGUGCAAGUACAUCCAACUUUGGUACAAACACAGCCACGCGAGUUGAGAAAGCCAAGAUUUUGUAUGGACGUCUCAAACAUGGUAAUGUCCUAUCUACAUGUGGUGUGUAUGUCUUUAUAGCAUGUUGUAUGGACGUCUCAAACAUGGCCAAGAUUUUGUAUGGACGUCUCAAACAUGAAAAACGUGAGACAGAACCACCAACAAUAUUCAUUGAUCUCAGAGGCUUUGAGCGCAAGAAGGAGGCCCAAAAACAAGCCAUGCAAAGUGUCCAGAGGGUCCUAGGGAUCAACAAUACGCAAGAGGAGUCUGAUAGUUCUAGUGAUGAGGAGAUGGUUGAGCGCUGCAACUGGCGCCUCACGAGACAGAAAAUCAAAGAUGACUUGGUGGCACACGGUGCAGCUGCCACCCUGCAGAAAGAUCCGGUGGGGCCGGAGAAGAAAGAGGUUUUACAUCAGCCCAAGUACAAGAGGCCACCCAGGGUUAUUAACUUGCAGGAGCAUGAAGUGAGCCGCCGUUGGAAUGUGGCGCCACCUGAGACGCAGACGGAGGAAGUGAGCACUGAGGUGCUGGAGGACAACAAGAGAAGGGUGGAGAAACUGGAGGCAGAGAGGGAGAAGGAGAGGCAGAGAGAGGAGGCUAGGAAGUUGAGGGAGCAGAGGGAGAAAGAGAGAGAGAAGCGAGUACGUAUGGGCCAACAGAUCGAGGCCGCCAAGUCUCUGGCCACUACACAAGGGAGGCAAUCAGCUGGAGAAAACACGCCCGUACUCUUUGAUCUGGAGGUAUCCUAUGAACCCGCUCCAACUACCCUGCCAACAGUUCUCUCCCCUGAUAGAGAGACCUUGCUUCUGACAGUCAACUUGUCCAGUAAUGGGGAGAUAAUUCAACAUCGAAACAGAUCUAACCGGAGUGUGGACACAGGUGAAGGCUUAUCUGGUACCUACACCGCCUUGUUGUCAUGGCUACUGUCCCUGGUGCCUCACAACUUCAACUUCCUCAAGACUCAACCCCAGCCCCCCACCCAGCCCCCAGCCAACAUGCAAGCCCCCACAUUUUAUGUCAUUGGCCUACAACAGCUGUGGAUGCAGGAAGAGCUGAAACUGUACAUCGUUGUGACACCCUCCGAACAUUUUCUGGCAGAAUCUGGUAAAAAUGCCAGGCAUAAGAAAAACAAGGGUAAGGACGAGACCAGAGGCAGCUCCAGGUUCAGCCAACACAUCAGCAACCACCUGCUGACCAACACCCUCAGCUCUGUCUGCCCCUGGCUGGAACUGCUCACCUCCGUCACGGUCCAGCCUGACCGUCAGGACGGGCGGAGCUCACCCCCACAUGCUGACAGCUCACCACCUUGCUACACUUACACCCCCCCUCUUCCCAAGAUAUCCACUAAACCCUUGUCUACUUUUAUCCAGAUGAACUCUGACCCCCAAGCGGCCAGAAAAAUUUUCAACAUCCCAGUGGGGUUCUACUGGCAGACAGUGGAUAAUGACGAGGGCUGGUGUGACAUAGAGUGUCAUGACGAGAACGUCAACUACGAGACACAGAACACAAUGUCACUGGUUUACAAGAGAAUCUAUGGGAACCCUUCUGGCAUCAUGUCCAUUCUGAACAGAGCGGCUCAGGAGGGCCUUGACCUUGCUGGGGUCAGGCUGGUUUACCCUUGUGGUGAGCAGAUGAAGCUCCAGGGUGAGGACGCCCCGCCCUCCAGCGACCUUGACAACCUGAACCAGGUGGGGCCGGUGCUAGCACUGGCACUGCGGGGCACCUUCGCCAGGACCAUCUGGCUGGACUCUGUGGGACCCUCGGACCCGGAGCUGGCGCGCAGGACUGACCCCAACUCACUCUGUGCCCAGUUUGGUGGGGAGUCCCGGGAAAAUGUCCACCUCUUCUGUCCAAGAAAUUUGUCUAGAGUACAGAGUGAACUGACCAGGUGGUUUGGUGGACGAGUCCCCUCUGGUGCGGCUACAGUGGACGUUGGUCUGCCAUACCUUAAGAAAGAAGUUGGGAAGAGCAAAAAAGGGAAAAAGCACUCCAGCACUGACCACAAGUCCCUGCCUGUCCACCGCCCGCCUGCAUCCCUGACUGCCACCUGCAGGGCGGACAUCCUGCUGGUCUUGUCCCCGCUCCUGCCUGUCAGCUACCUGGGUGUUCUCAUGGCCUCGGCCCAGCGCAGGGGCUACCAGCUGAGGGGGGUCAGGCGACUGUGUCUGUCUGCCAAGGUGGCCAAAUCUCUAGGAGUCCCCCAGAACAUGACCCCCUAUUUUUGUCCAGGGGCGCGGCUGGACGACCUGGAUGUGGACAAGCCCCUGGAGGCCAUUGCCCCCUGCACUGUGUUUCUCCUGAGGAAGGAGAACGCUGCUCACAACACCGCCAGUCUGUUGGAAGCUUACAUGGUUCAGCUCACACUGGGCAGGCAUCUAGGUCAGUGGGUGAAGCUCACACUGGGCAGGCAUCUAGGCUGCGUCCAACAAAGACUGGAUGAGCCCCUGGUGUCCCAGCACCUGUUCCAUGCUGUCAUGUACACAGACGCCCUGCUGGCUCUCCUGGGUGGGGACUUUGCCAAGAGUCCAGAGUUUGACCUCUCCCACAUGUGCCGUAGCUCCUCCGUCAACUUGAAAGUUGAAAAAGACCAGGAACAGGUCGCGACCUUGAUUCUACUAGGUCAUGACAUACUUAAGAAAUGUGGCCUUGAACUUGCCAAGAUUCUGAACGUCCUCCCAUACUCCAGCAGGACCCCCCUGCAGGCUGUGCUCUCAGAGAAGUUUGAGCUGCUGGGCCUCAAGUGGACGCCGUCCCUUAGCAUGUACCAGGCCAAGGAGCUGACGCCGUACGAGGUGGGGGACAAGCGCUGGAGGUCCAGCAUCCGGUCCCUGGCCUCGGAGCCUGCACUUGUUCUGGCGCUGAGAGGGGUCAACAUCUUCACAAGGCUGAGGCCCAUUGUUGAGGAGCAGAGUAGCUCGUCCAAAUCUUUACCUGCUAGCAUUCACACCAAAAAUAAGGAGCAGCCGCUCCAAUGCAUCAUGUCGCACAAUAUGAAUGAGACGGAGAUGUUUGCACGCCUGUUUUUCUUUCCAUCUGACCUUUACCCUGACCCACAGUCAAGGUCACUGCUGCCUUUCUUACCCGAGUCUAAGAUGUAUUUCAAUCUGAGGGAAGAGGAGUCAGAAAAUGAGAUCAGACGAAGAUUUUCUCUGAAGCCGCUGGAUGAACUCAACCUGACCCAGGAGGCGCUGAUGGAGGAAAUGGUUGCUGGGCAACAGCCAAUCACAACAGCCAUGGUGGUCAAGCCAGCUGCCGUACAGAAAUAUCUGCCCAGGAUCCUGAAGAAAAUUGUUCAGGAGAAGUUUGAGAUUGUAGGCCUAAGGCUGGUGAUGCUGGGUACUGACACAGCUGAGGCUUUUGUGCCAGCUACUUUAAGGAAGGACACCACAUCCAGACACAAGUGUCUUGAAGCCAUGUGCUGCGGCCCCGCCCUUGUCCUGGCCCUCCAGUCCCCCAACGCCAUCAAACACCUGUGUGACCUGGUCGGCCCUGAGGAACCCAUGGCCGCACGACGCCAGAGUCAGUUCUUGUGGCGGGGAGAGUUUGGUAGCGACCUGUUCAACAAUGGCAUUUAUUGUUCUGGGUUUUAUGUGGAUGCUAUCCGUGACCUAAACCUCCUGUUUCCUGAUGGGCUGUGUUGCCAUUAUUCUCAGCUCUUGGCCAAUGAGAGAAUUACAUCCCCUGCAUGUGACAGUGUGAUAGACACUAGCUCUAAUUUGUCACGUCAUGUGGUGUUGGCACAGGAGCAUCAUGCUGGCGUGUCACAUGAUGUGACGAUAGAAGAGGUUCACCACCUGUUGUUACAGACCAACUGUCUGGUGCUGACCCCUCCCCUGGUCAAGUCCAGCUCUCGCAGCAAGGAACUGGCUGGCACCGAGCUGCUGGCAGUCUUCAUCAACCUGGGGUUCCACCUGGUGGCAGCGAGGCUGGUGUGGCUGACACAGAAACAGGCCGAGUGUUUCCUCUGUGUCAGGGGAGGGGGCAGUUUUCAACAGGUGAAUUUCCUGAGUAGCGGCCCCUGUCUUGUUGUAGCGCUGCAGAGAGAUAAUGCAGUGUUAGCCUUUGAUACCUUGCUUGGCCAAAGCAGCGAGGCCCUGCGUCUGAUGAAAGAGUACGGGAGCCUGAUACUGCGGCCACAGAAUCUCACACAGAUCUCACUCUGUUCUCUAGUGUUGACUCAAAUGUUAGGAGAACCUGGUUUUAUUUUUGAGAACCUUUCUAAACUAAGGGUAUUUGACCCAGUGGUGCUAGUAUCUUGUGAGAGAAUAAUGUUGGCUGUUAUCCUUCUCCCUCCAUAUUCUCUUAUAAUUCUUCCCUCCCUGAAAUCCUCGUCUCUCCCUCCUUCCCAAGAUCUCUCUCACUCUCCCAAGAUCCCUCUCACCCUCCCAAGAUCCCUCUCACCCUCCCAAGAUCCCCCUCACUCUCCCAAGAUCCCUCUCACUCUCCCAAGAUCCCUCUCACUCUCACAAGAUCCCCCUCACUCUCCCAAGAUUCCUCUCACUCUCUCAAGAUCCCUCUCACUCUCCCAAGAUCCCUCUCACUCUCCCAAGAUCCCCCUCACUCUCCCAAGAUCCCCCUCACUCUCCCAAGAUCCCCCCUCACUCUCACAAGAUCCCCCUCACUCUCCCAAGAUCCCCCUCACUCUCCCAAGAUCCCUCUCACUCUCCCAAGAUCCCUCUCACUCUCACAAGAUCCCCCUCACUCUCCCAAGACUCCUCUCACUCUCUCAAGAUCCCCUCUCACUCUCCCAAGAUCCCUCUCACUCUCCCAAGAUCCCCCUCACUCUCCCAAGAUCCCCCCUCACUAUCACAAGAUCCCCCUCACUCUCACAAGAUCCCUCUCUCUCCCAAGAUUCCCUCCCCCCCACCCUCCCACCACCCCCCUUGGUGGCUGAUCUCACAUGGACGCCCUCACAACCCGUGUUAUAUUUUCCCCCUAAUGACAUCGUUGUUUUAAUUGAAGGAUCUGCACUUCCUGUGGCCGCUUAG